AUGCGUGUUACCGACCAGCAGCAGCAGCAGCACCACCACCACCACCACCACUACCGUCUCGGCGUCGAUGUCGGGGGAACCAACACCGACGCCAUCCUCCUCCGCCUGUCCCCCCUCACCAUCCUCGCCUCCCACAAAGCCCCCACCACCCCCGACAUCACUUCGGGCAUCACCACCGCCGUCCAGGCCGUCCUAUCCACCGCAGCCAUCCCCCUCUCGUCUAUCGGCUGCGUCAUCAUCGGGACUACCCACUUCGUGAAUGCCAUCGUGCAGCGCGCGUCGUCGUUACGGCGCGUCGCCGUUGUACGACUGUGCGGGGGGCCGGAGGAGGGGUUCGGUCGGGCGAUUCCGCCCUUUGUGGAUUUUCCGGACGAUUUGAGGAGCAAGAUUGCAGCGAGGGCCUAUUUCUGUCAUGGGGGGUAUCAGAUUGAUGGGGGUGUGAUUAGUCCCGUGGAUGAGGGGGAGGUGAGGCGCGUGGCGCGGAGGAUCGUGGAGGAUGGGAUAGCCGAUGUGGUGGUCGCGGGGAUGUAUGCGCCCGUGGAUGGGGAGCAGGAGAGGAGGGUGAAAGAGGUUCUCCUGGAGGCGAUGGCAGAGUAUGGAGAGGGAGGGGUCACCCCGCGAGUAACGAUGUCGCAUGAGGUGUCAGGGUUGGGGUUCCUGGCGCGGGAGAAUGCGGCGAUCUUGAAUGCCACGCUGCGGCCGUUGGCGGAGCGGACCAUUUCUGGAUUUCAGCGGGCCAUGCGGGAGAUCUUUCGGGAUGUACCGUGUACGCUGUAUCUGACGCAGAAUGAUGGGAGUGUUCUGGGGGCGACGGAGGCAGUGGAUCUGCCGAUUCGGACGUUUAACUCGGGGCCGACGAAUUCGAUCCGCGGAGGCGAGUUUCUGUGGCGUGCGGCGGCUGAGGCGAAUGGACAGCAGCAUACCACCCGGACGGAGCCACUGGUGGUGAUUGAUAUCGGGGGGACGACGAGUGAUAGUGGAUUGUUGCUGCCGAAUGGUCUGCCGCAGAUGAGCUCCGUGAUGAGCGUUGUCGGGGGUGUUCGCACCAACUUUGCCUUGCCGGCGGUGGAGAGCAUCGGAUUGGGAGGGGGAAGUAUCAUCCGGAUGGAUGAGGAAUGCUCUGUCGGUCCGGAUAGUGUGGCCCAUGAGCUGUUGGAGAAAGCACGGCUUUUUGGUGGUGAUGUUUUGACGGCCACCGAUAUUGUCGUUGCAUCAGCCAUGCAUGGCUUGACGGAGAACAAUCCCCUAGAGGAAAUGGGAGAUCUCUCGAAUCUACACGAAAUUACAACGGAAAUGGUAACCCAAGCGCAAUCCCUCAUGCGACGCAAGAUCGAAGACCUCGUCGACCGCACCAAGAUCCAGAAAGACGACGUGGACGUGCUCAUCGUCGGCGGUGGUGCACCCAUCAUCCGCACCGACGAGCCCCUGGCAGGUGUCCGCCUGGUGCAGACCGUCAAGGGUGGUGAAGUCGCCAAUGCUGUCGGGGCUGCAAUUUCGCGCGUGUCUGGCGUGAUUGACACGGUCGUGGACACAUCCAAUCGCACCGUCAAAGAGGCACAAGAGACGGUGUCUCAACUCGCAAUCCAAAAAGCCAUUGGCAACGGUGCCCGGGCUAAUACGGUACAAAUUGCCGAGGUGACCAUGCUACCUAUCCAAUAUGUUGAAGCCAAAGCACGGAUUGUCGUGCGAGCCAUCGGGGAACUAGACAUUGUCUCCCAGACAUCCCCGGAGAAGCUCCUCACUAUCCCAGACGAAGAUACCCUAGAUACAGACACUACGCAAGAACCAGCACCGUCCGUACUUAACUCAGUACCCAAACCACUUGACAACAUCACCAACCUCCACACCUACCGCCCCAACAUCACCAACCAAACAUGGGUCAUCUCCCCCACGGACCUCGACUUCCUCGCCCGCGGCUGCAAAAUCCUCGGCUGCGGCGGCGGCGGCGAUCCCUACCAAGAAUACCUCAAAACGAAAGCAUUCCUCCAUCACCACCCCGGCACCAUCAAAGUGAUCUCCCCCUCCUCCCUCUCCCUCCCUGACGACGCCCUCAUCGGCUGGACCGGCUGCAUGGGCAGUCCCGAAGUCAGCAUGGAACGACUCGAAAAUAACGAAUGUCUCCAAGCCCAGGACGAGCUGAUGCGGGUCACGGGCAGUCCCCCCGUGUCUGGGUUCGUGGCUCUCGAAAUCGGCGGCGGCAAUGGGAUGGUGAAUCUCGGUGUUUCGGCACAUUAUGGCGUGCCCUGCCUCGAUGCGGAUUAUAUGGGACGGGCCUAUCCCACCAUGUGGCAGGUGACACCCAAUGUGUAUGGCUCGGCCAGAGGGGAGGCUCUGGUCCCGACCACGAUUGCGAGUGGGGAUGGCUCGUUCGUGACCAUGACGAAGUCAAGGACGGAUCGGUUAGUGGAUCGGGCGUUGCGGGCGUCGGUCGUGGAGAUGGGAUGUCGGGCGGGGAGUGCGGGGCCGCCGAAGACCGUCCAGAUGGUGCGCCAGCAGGCGAUUCUGAAUACGCUGUCGUUGGCGUGGUGGAUUGGGAGGGCGGUCGCUCUGGAGAAGACCAUUGCCGACAAGGCGAAACGAAUCAUCGAGGAGGUGGGCGGACCCGAUAGUGCAGCCAUCCUAGGCGAGGGCAAAGUGGUCAGUGUGUCGCGAGUGCUCAAGACGGGUCAUUCGUAUGGGGUAUUGGAGGUGGAUGGUCGACUGAGUGAUGGAAGCACAGCGACGAUGAAUAUUCCGUUCAAGAAUGAGAAUGCCUAUGUCGAGGCGGUGCUCCACGAUGGCGAGAAGAAGAUUCUAGCUUCGGUACCGGAUCUCAUUGUCGUGCUGGAUGCUGAGACGGGGGCUGGACUAGGGACACCCGAGUUCAAGUAUGGUCUUAAGGUGGUGAUUCUUGCCAUUGCAGCAUCUCCCCGAUGGACAGACACCCCCCGGGGGAUGGAACUGGGGGGCCCCAAAUCCAUGGGCUUUGAGGUGGAAUACGUACCGAUUGGGAGGUACCGCGAGCCGCGCAGCGUGAUUGAUGUGUUUGGCUGAGAUAUUCAGAGAUCUAGUGGAUAGAAUCAGGGAUUGUAGGG